CCAGUAAAUAACGGGGAUGAUGAGGCAGCCAGUGGCGCGCGCCGACUCAUCCUUCACGGGGAACGCGCUUUCCUGGCACGAGCGCGCGUGAAGCGGUGUGCAGAUGUGUCGCAGAUUUUGUAAAGUCACUGGACGAGUGCUGAAGGAAGUCGCUCCAGAUAAACCGGCCUCUGAAAGUGGGAGCAAAGCGAAGCGGCGACGGAAAAAAAGAGGGGAGGACGGAGCUGAGGCACGCGCCCUCAAUAGCAGUUACCGUUAGCUUAGUUUGUGAGGGAGAAGGACGUUAGUUUGACAGUUAAAUCCCCGCGGAGGUUCGGUGCGCACGAGAGAUGGAGCUCUCUGCGAUUGGAGAGCAAGUGUUUGCCGUGGAAUCAAUUCUGAAGAAAAGACUCCGAAAGGGUAACGUGGAGUACCUGCUGAAGUGGAAAGGAUGGCCUCCAAAGUACAGCACCUGGGAACCUGAGGAGCACAUCCUGGACCGGCGCCUGGUGCAGGUGUUCGAGGACAAAGAAGAAAGAGACAGAGUGAUUGGCCACCGGAGGAAAGGAUCCAAGUCAAAACGACUCCUGAUGCAGAACACCGUUUACACCAUGGAUCUCCGCAGCGCUCACAAGAUUCCCGCCAAGCCUGCUCCUCGCCUGCGUCUCUCUCUGACGCGCUCCCUGGUUCCUGACGAUGAGGAGGAUGAGGAUGAGGACGACGCCUGCGUUCCUUCUCGAACGCAUCGAAACACCAAGCAGAGCAGACGACUUAGCUUAAACCUGCAGAGACCCUCACAAGAUGCCUGGGAGGAGGAGGAGGAUGAGAAAGAAGAGGAGAUCAGUGCAGAGGAUAGUGAACACAGAGAGGAAGAGGAGGCUGAGAUGCGAGAAGGUGUUUUUAACGGACACAGGGGCCCAGAUAACUGGAGCACAGCCGUGGGGUCCGGCGGCACGGCCGCUCCAGACAAACUGUGGCGACCCAUGGUGGGCCCAGGAGAGGUGACGGUCACAGACGUCACCCUCAACGCCCUCACAGUGACCUUCAGGGAGUCCAGAGCGGCCAGAGGAUUCUUCCGGGACUGGGGCCUGGAGGUGUGGGAGCAGGUGGGUGACGGGGCCCCUCAGAGCUGCUGGAGGCACUGACUGUGAUACGCUGCUGGAGCCGUUUGGUUUAUAUGCACAGAGUCAGCAGUGCCUUACAAAAGUAUUCACAUCCAUUGCACUUGUCCACUUUUCGUCAUGUCACAACCGUAGAGGUCACUGUGUAAUAUGUGUAUUUAAUGAGACAGACCAACACAGGGUAGACAUAGAACAUCAAGAGAAAGAGGUCUGUUUAUUAACAUUUUAUUUAUUUAUUAUGAAAUGUAACAUCACAUCUUAAUAUGUGAUAUAGGUUCUAGAAGAAAACACUUCAGAUUUUGACAAGUUGAAACCAUGAUUUACUUUUCCCUUCACAAUUUUGCUCCACUCUUCGUUGGUCUCUCUUGUGAAAUGGCAAUAAAGUUACGCUUUAAACAUAACCAAAAGCUGGAAAUCUCCAAAAUGUAUGAAUAUUUUUGCUAUGUGUGGUUGAUCUGGUCACUUUUAAGUGGAAUACAUCCAAAUUGAAACCCAUCACGUACUUGUAGCUGACAGGAAGGAAAUGACACGAGCACUGACAGCUGGCUUAAAGGUCUUCUUCAUUCCAGUGAAUCGUAACACAUUUUAAAUAACACAUUUCUGUUUAGGCUGGUGGGCAGUUAUUUCCAGAAAUAAAACCUCUUUACUUAUGAAACCAUACAGACUUCUUGAUCAGAUGAAAUAGUUUUUGUUCAAUCAAGCAAACAUUGGUUUCCAAACGGGUUGCUUCAUUUAGCUUGUGUGUAAAGUGUGUCAAAUUUAACACCACAACAACCUCAAGGACCCGUUAGCUACCUGAUGCUAACGUGGAGUUGAUGAGGAGGAAAACUCAUCAGCUAGCUCAUAGCUAACUUUUUAACAGCUAGCCAGGUGUUAUAUUUGUAUUUCUUUCCAUAAUGAUCAACAUAUUUAAUACCCAAUCAACCUUAUUUUGAAAGAAUAUUUUCUCACAUGAAAUUGUGUGAUUCAUAGCAAAAUGUUAGCAUAAAAUGCAGCCAUUUUAGAUAGAAGACGAGGAAAUGCACUUUGUAACAUAUCAGAAUGAAUUGGAGCUCUGAUGACGAACUAGAAGGGAACUAGGUGAGUCCAUGUGAAGAAGAGGAGUCUCUGUGCAUGUAAACACAGCCACCAGCUCCUCUCUUCCACCCUAAUCUUACCAGGCGUUAUCCUGGAUUCAGACAUGUUGUACAUACUCCAAACUACCUAGUCUGGGUUUGUAGCGUUUCAAAGUCUACUGGGAGACAAUUUGAGCUGCCCGCAUGCCUCUCUCCUCUCUCCUCUCGUGCAAAGACGCACAGCAUAGUUUCUCUCAACCACCCAGCUCUACGUCAUGAAAGCAUGAAGCAGAAGGCACAAACCUGAACCAAACUCUGAAACCACAUGACAGAAUGUAUUAUGUUGGUGUGUUACACACCAGUGAUGGACACACACUGGCCACACUGGUGUGUGUCCAUCAGAGCCUGACCGGAAGUUUCAUUACAGUUUCAGAAUCUCAACAUUACAGUGAUUGUGUAACGUUACCAGGCUGAUGUUUGAUUUUAUCUGCAGUUUGCAGAUUUAGAUUAAAAAAUACAAAAAAUAAACAGAAACAAUCCUGGACGAGUUCUGUUUUUAAGAUGAAAAAGCAAACUUUUUUUUUAUUAUCUUAAAUCUAAAAUGUAUAUAUUUUUUUAGCUUAAUCACUGCUCUGAAUAUGUUAUUCAUCCAGCAACUGGCCUCUGCUUGAGUCUGUAUGCUCCAGUUAACAAUUAAUUGAUUGAUAAAUUAGUUGACAGUUAUUACCGAUUAAUCGCUUCAGUUCUACAGAACUGUGUGCAUUUGAGAUCAGCCCCACUUACUUUGCUGCCUAUAAAUAAACUCAGAAGGCACUUUGAGUUUCAUGCAUAUGUGGAAAUCUCUGCAUGAACUCAGCUUCUCAAGAUUUGUUCCAGAGCUGAUCCAUCUACUUAGCGUUGGUCUAUUGUAUAAAGAAAAUUAUUACAAUCCACUGAUGUUUAUGACCUAAUGUGACAAAGUGUUGGAGUUCUGCACAUUUAAUGACCCAGUAGCUUUAGCCAGACUCUGUGAAUACAGGAUCUGAGGUGAUGUCCUGAUGAUGAUGAUGAUGGACUGUUUAUCAAUGAAAAUGAAAGUGCCUACUGCUGCACUGUUUGUUUCCAUGUAACCGUGGAGCUUUUAAGAAUAUUGUCUCUCCACAUGACUAAUUACUAGAAGUGUUUUAUUUUUCUCCUCUCCACUGAUGUAAGACAGAAACUGUUGCCUGGAGACCGCCUGGUUGGACCGCAAAGCAGAAACACAUUUUUCUAGUCAUUUUUCUACAUCGACCUGAAUGUAUAUUUAUUGUGUAUGGGUCCUGCAUAUAACCGCGCGAUUGUUUUAUACAGUUUGUUUUAACCAGUUCAUGUACAGAGUAACUGUACUAAUGUGCUAGAACGAGCGCCCCCUACAGGGGGGCUUCAUGUUGCCUCCUGUUGUCGCUCGCGCCGCAUCCGUCGCCCUGCACCGCGAUGUGAACCCGCACAUUGCCUGCUCCGGUCUGUCAAGUGUUGUGCUGUUUCGACUGCUUGUUGGGUAACAUGAAAAAAUAAAUGUUGCACAUGUUCACUAUCAUUUUUGGCGGCCAUGUUUCAUC